AAGAGAACGGCAGCAACAAGUGCUGUGUGCAGGCUGCAAGUCUUCGCUGCUGCUGCUGGUCUGAACUGCACCCACAUCCAGGCAAGGGUGUGGCAAGAGAAAGCAGAGCAAGAGCUCCUGAGCUUUGGAUGAGGAAGAAACUUGGGAUUCUCAGCAAUAGACUUAUAUACCCCUUUACAGUGCUUUACAGUCCUCUCUAAGCGGUUUCCAGAGUCAGCAUAUUACUCCCAACAAUCUGUGUCCUCAUUUUACCGACUUCAGAGGGAGGGAAGGAUAAAGCAGAAAGAAAAGGAGAACGAAGAGAUUAAAAAAAGCAGCGAGCGGCAAGUGGUGAGAACCCAGUGGAGUUCAUUAGAUUACUUCCACAUCUUUCUGUGCUCGGGAAAUGAGAAGCGUGAAUUGAUUGCUGUGGCGCACCUGCCCUCAGAUCAAGCCACCGGAGCGUGAAAAAAAAGAAAAGACUCAUUUUCUUUGCCUUAGCAGCCAUGCAGGAUUCCCUAUUACUGAUUGGAUGACCAGCAUGUUUCUGGCAACUGAGACAUCUUGGCCUGUGCUGUUCCUUUGCUCUCAAACUCUCUUCUGCCUCUUCUUUUGCACCCCUUCCUGUUGUUGUACAUCCUGUCCCGAACAGUGUCAAUGCACCAAUUAUUCAGGAGCAACUGCCGUUCUGUGUAGUGCUAGCAACUUGGAGGAGAUUCCAACAGAUAUUCCCAAAGAUACCAUGUUUUUGAAGCUGGAUGCAAAUAAGAUUACUGCAGUUCCCAACAGCACUUUCAGGCACCUUGCCCACUUACAAGAAAUAGAUCUCUCCAAGAAUGCCAUUGAGAAGAUUGAUUCAGCAGCAUUUAAGGGUGUGGCUGAUGGCCUGCGAUUGCUGGAUCUUUCUGGCAAUCACAUACAGAGAAUCCCGAAGGAAGCCCUGGUCAACUUGAAUGCCAUGAUUCGCUUAUCCAACAACCCUUGGCAUUGUGAAUGUACUUUGCAGGAAGUCUUGUGGGAAGUGAAACUGGACCCUGAUUCAGUCAAUGAGAUCACCUGCCAAACAUCUGUGCAAGAGGAAUAUGCUGGAAAGCCUCUGCUCCACAUCCUAGAUUCAGGCAUCAACUUUUGCAACAUGCAUCAGAAAACCACCGAUGUUGCCAUGUUUGUUACCAUGUUCAGCUGGUUUACCUUGGUCAUUAGCUACGUGGUGUACUAUGUCCGGCAUAAUCAAGAGGAUACAAAGAAGCAUCUGGAAUACUUGAAGUCCCUACCUAGCACAAGAGUUCCUAAAGAGACUAUCAGCACAAUUCUGUAGCCUGGAGUGCUGACUUUCAGCUACACAGCCUGUUUUCUAAAGAAGAAAAUGUUGGAGGAAAUAUAGAAAGUUUAUUUCCUGCUAGUUCAGCCAGGACUUUUCUAAUUUUUUUUUAAAAAACAAAAUGUUUCAUAAAAGAUAAAAAAAAGGGGUUGAUAUUAUAAAUAUAGUAAAAAUGUCUAAACCACAUUUCCCUAUGCUCUAAGAUAUUAUUACUAAUAGUGGACCCAACAGAAGAAAACAUAAAAAGGUCUACUUGGCAAGGAAUUUGAAUGGCAUAUGCUUUAUUUUGGCUCCCUAAAGUUCACAAUCAAGAUCUUAUUCCAAGAAAAAAAUCUAAAAACCCUCAAACGGAGCAAUAUAAUCCUGACAAAUGUGCUCAUGGUGCCAAUGGAAUAUGUAUAUGGUUGACUUUUGCUUAAUACUCUGAAUGAAAAGACAAACCACUUUCUCCAAAGCUUACAGAAAGUUCUAUUGCCAAAUUCAUAGAUUUUGCAAACAAGGACCCAUACAAUUUGGUGCAAUUCAGUAGGUGACAUGUAUGUUUGUGUGUGUGCUGCAAAUCUAAAAAGGGAUACACUUUAUACUGCAUCUGGACUCAUACUUCUUCAUUCUCCAUCAAAUUAAUAAUGUGUUUUUAAUUCCGGAAACAUUACAGUGCAUGGAAAGGAAUAAAAAAUGAGCAUAUGUUAUAAAAAAAUAAUGCUGAAUAGAUUUCCUUUAGAAAGAUGGGGCAGAUACAUAAUGGUGAAAUUGUUCAUUUCUACAUUUGCUUACUUUGUUGGGCAAAUAGUGCUUCAAAAACACAACUGGUCGGGGGAUUAAUAAAUUUGAAAAGGGAAAAAAAUGAGUAAUAAUUUUAACUUGAGAAAAACCUAGUCCUUGCAUCUGAUAACAGAAAUCUUCAGAAAGAGAUAAUAUAAGAAUAAGCUAAUAGAAAAAGUAAAUAAGGCUAUAAAGCACCCCUCCUUGAGGCAGAUGAAUAGUCUAGAAACUUGAAAUAUAAAUAUAAUAAAUAAAAUAUUAAAUUGGGAACGCUCCUUUACAUGAUUUUAAGGUUCAAAAUCUCUAUUAAAAGCGAUCCCCUAUAAAUUCAACAGAUUUUUCUGUUUGAAAAACAGGUUGAAUCCAACCUUUUCAGAAUUUGGCAGACUUCAAUAAAGCAAGGUCAGUACUAAAGAGAACCUACUGAAGGCAAAUAAAUUUGACAGCAACACUAUACAGUAUUCACAUACUGCAGUAGGCACAGAAACAUGCUAGACUUGCUGUUUGAAAACAGAUUUGAAAAUUAAGUCUUCAUCUGCAUGUUGUUAUGCAUUUUAAGACUCUUGAGACCUUUGAUUGUAUCUUUGACUCUCUUGCUAUGCUGUUCUAAUGUGAUAGCAUCACUUUCCAUCGCUACUUUGGGGAAAAUGUACGUUCUCAUAGAAGAGAAUAUAUAUAUAGCAUGGUUGCUUGCUUGCUGACAUUCCAUUAUCUAACUAAGCAACAUCAGUGCUGCUUAGUCAGGUAAUAAAACAACUACGUAAGCAAGCAGCCAUGUUAAGAGAGCUCCAAGGACUCCACAACGUUCCAGUUAGAAUAGAAUAGAAUAGAAUAGAAUAGAAUAGAAUAGAAUAGAAUAGAAUAGAAUAGAAUAGAAUAGAAUAGAAUAGAAUAGAAUUUUUUACUCAACAUAUAUAGAUUUCUACUGGACGUAUUUGUUUGAAAUUUUUAUAGCUAUCAUGUAGGGUUGUGCAGUACUACAGCUUCACUCACACAAAGGGAACUAGAACAUGUGGGAGCACAAAUGUGGCAUCACCUAAAAACCUCAAGGCCUUUUUCUUAGAUUGUAUGUGGUCCUAGGAAAAGAUGAAACUGCUGUAAGGUGUUGAAAGGGAUCACAUUUUUAGUUCUGUGCAUUCUUAACCCUUUAUAGUGAUCACAUCUGAAGGCUCAUCAUGCAACAUCAACAUUUUGACAAAUUUCAGUACAGUUGGGGCCUUUUUUUUAUUACUAGUUUUAUUCUACUGCUUAUGUACCAUUGUAAUUCAUUUGUUGUGCAGGAUGUAAAUGUUUUCUGAUAAUAUUUGAAUUAUGGGGAUAUAAUUCAGUCUGAUGCUGAAACUCUUUUUCUUCCUAAUUCUCAGUGUAGAAUGUGGUUACAACAUAAUGAGCAUCACAAAUUUCUGCACCAUUUUGUGAACUUAAAAAAUACUGGUAGUUGUACAUCCAUCUAUUAUGUAGUUUAAUCCUGAAAAAGUCA